AUGGCUCGUGUUACGAGGAGGCAGGCGGCUGCCGCAAAUGCUUCGCAGAGCGCGGCACCCACCACUCCCCCAGCCUCGACAGCUGCAGCAAAUGGGGCUGAUCCCUCUCUGCCACUUGAUGGCUGUGUCGUUGCCCUGAGCGGAACAUUUCCAUCUCUCUCCCACGCAACCCUGCAGAAGCAAUUGACAGCACUCGGCGCCAAAUUCGCCAGGAGCGUUACAGCCGCCACCACCCACCUUGUCUCCAACAAAGAAGAUUUCGCAAAGGAUUCUUCCAAAGUCGUGGCUGCCAAGGCCAACAAUGUUACCAUUGUGGAUAUUGAGUGGGCCUUGAAAGCGAUUGAAGAUGACGCUCGCCCAGCGGAAGAUGACUAUUCUCUCCAGGCAGUUAAGAAGCGGCCGAUCGCCAUCGCGAAGAGCGACCCUUCUGCGGAUGCUAGCGGGGAUGACAGCACUCAGAAGCCCAAGAAACGAAAGACAGCCAAGGACACAAAGUCUGGCAAAGCCGCCAAAGCCGCCAAGGUGAAGGACGAGACUCCAGAGCCCGAGGAACCGAAAAAGAAAGCGAAGAAGGAGAAGCAGCCAGUCGCCGAGGGUCAAAUCGCUAAAUCCGCCAACUUGGUGGUUCCCGUCGAUGAGCUGUUCCAUCUUUCUGGCAAGACGGGCUUUGUCGUCUACAUCGACUCGGAUGGCGUUAUCUACGACGCCUCGCUCAACCAGACGAAUGCAAGCAACAAUAAUAACAAGUUUUACAAGGUGCAGCUCGUCGUGGAUGCCGGUAAGAAGACGUUCUACGCCUGGACACGAUGGGGCCGCGUGGGCGAGGCAGGCCAGAAAGCAUUGCUCGGCAGCGGAAGUCUCGACGACGCAAUGAAGAACUUCGAGAAAAAGUUCAAAGACAAGUCUGGCCAUCGCUGGGCGGACCGGGCCGAAGCUCCAAAGCCGGGCAAAUAUGCAUACAUUGAACGGAGUUAUGACCCGGAUUCGGACGACGAUGAGGCGGCUGGCAAAGCUGGCAAAACCGGCGACGACUCUGACGAUGAAUUGCCACAAAUGGCCGACUGCACUCUGGAGGAGCCAGUCCGUGAACUCAUGGAGCUCAUCUUCAACGCCAAGUUUUUCAGCAACGUAAUGGAGUCCCUUAAUUACGAUGCCAACAAGCUGCCGCUUGGCAAGUUGGGGAAGAGCACCAUCACGAGAGGUUUCCAGGCUCUCAAGGACUUGAGCACCGUGCUUACCGACCCCACCUCGGCGGCCUCCACGUACAACAUGCAGAGCGGUGCGGCCAUUGAGCACUUCUCAAACUUGUACUAUUCGUUGAUUCCUCACGCUUUCGGCCGCAACCGACCCCCGAUCAUUGUUAACUCCGCAAUGCUCAAGAAGGAGGUCGAGCUCCUCGAAAGCUUGUCUGAUAUGAAAGUAGCGAACGACAUCAUGAAGGCCCACACACAGUCCGGCUCCAUCCAUCCCCUUGACCGUCACUACCAAGACUUGGGCAUGCAGGAAAUGACGGCUCUAGACAAGAGCAGCAACGAGUUCAAAUUCCUCGUCGAUUACCUUCACGGGUCCAAAGGCAGCACCCAUUACUUCAACUAUCAAGUCAUGGAAAUUUUCCGAAUCGAGCGUAAUGGCGAGAAAUCUCGAUUCGAAUCGAGCCGUUUCUCGUCCAUCAAGAGCGACAGACGCUUGCUCUGGCAUGGAUCACGGUGCACCAACUUCGGUGGGAUCCUUAGUCGGGGUCUACUGAUUGCGCCACCGUGCGCGCCGGUUACAGGCUACAUGUUUGGCAAGGGAAUUUAUCUCGCUGAUAUGUCCUCCAAGUCCGCGGGAUACUGUUUCCACUCCUCGUCUCAAGGCAACGCCCUUCUCCUGCUGUGCGAGGCCGAGCUUGGUGAUCCCAUGCAAAAGCUGGUGAACGCAGACUACAACGCUGGAUCGUCAGCAGCUAACGGCAACAUGUCUUCCACCUUCGGCAUGGGUCGGACCGGACCCCUGAAGUGGCAGGAUGCCGGCGUCGUUCACCCUUCCCUGAAGGGAGUUAAGAUGCCCGAUAUCUCCUCCGCCCCUACGGACACAAACGUCCAAGGCGCCUCCCUGUAUUACAACGAGUACAUCUGUUACGAUGUGGCACAGGUGCAGCUGCGCUACCUCUUUAGAAUCAAGAUGUGA